CCCAUCUCAGCCUCAUUCUCCUCCAUUAAUGCCAAAGCACAGAGACAGAGAGAAGAGAGAGAAAGAGAGAGAGAGUAACUGAGUUGAGUUGUAUUCAAGUAUUCACAAUUUCUACCUCUAAAGAUUAAAAAGAGAAAAAGCCUACACCCUCUCUGUUCCUUCUACUUCUGGCGCCAUUUGCAGACUCUUCCUUGUUCAAACUCCAUACUUUUUCUGCUUCCAUUUCUGGAAAUACGAACACCCUCAUGGAAGCAGCACUCAGCAACAGCACCAUUUCUGCAGGGUCAGCUCCACCACCGUCUGGGGUGUCUCAGCCAAUGAACAUGAAUGUUAACAUGAACAUGAACGUGGGAAACAGCGAAGGAACAACAGCAGCAGCACCUGCGCCAGCGCCAGCACCAGCGUCAACACCAACAACGAUGGUUCCUGCAGUGCCAGCUGCAACGACGACAACAACAUUGGUAGCAACAACACCGGGGAGCACUGGGGGGCAAGGGAGUUUUGACUUGUUUGGGAAGAAGAAGAGAGGGAGGCCGAGAAAGUAUGAUGCAGAUGGGAACCUGAGGGUGAGUGCAACCCCGACACCAGCUCCACCGGGUUUCACUUUGUCCACACCUUCUGAGUUCUCUAACAAAAGGGGCCGUGGCAAACACACAGCUUUUGGCAACUACCAACUCUUUUCUUCUUUUGGUGAGGUGUUUGCAAACACAGCUGCUGGUGAUUUCAUACCGCAUGUGGUGACUGUUUACACUGGAGAGGAUGUUGCUGGAAAGAUCUUGUCAUUUGCUCAGAAGGGUCCAAGAGGAAUUUGUAUUCUCUCUGCCAAUGGAGCUAUCUCAAAUGUCACCAUACGCCAACCUGGUUCUUCUGGUGGCAUAUUGACUUACGAGGGUCGAUUUGAGAUUUUAUCUUUGUCUGGAUCAUUCACUGUUGCUGACAACAGUGGCAUGAAAAGUCGAACUGGUGGAUUGAGUGUCUCACUUGCUGGCCCUGAUGGUCGAGUGAUCGGAGGUGGUGUUGCUGGACUUUUAACAGCUGCUGGUCCCAUCCAAAUUGUAGUAGGAAGCUUCACGCAAAAUGCGCACAAGAGCCAAAAGAAGAAAUACCAACGUGAACAACAGACAGUGGUGUCCCCUACUUCAGCUGUUCCAGAAACUGUGACAUUUGCUAGACCUAUCUCACAAGCAAAUGCUGAAGGUGAAAACUUUUUGAUGCCCAUGUCUCAGAUACCAGAUCAAACCCAGAGAGAAUCUGUGAGUGUUUCAAGUGACAAACAGAACCUAGAUGCUACACUUGAUGCUGCUACUUGGAAUGGUUCUGAGGAAUAUUCAGACCAGAGGACAUCCCCAGACAUCAACAUAUCUUUGCCUGAUGAAUAGAAGGUGAUGCAGAGGCUGACAUGGUAACAACUGAAUGAAAACUAACAUGGAACUUUGUCGUGACAACUACUAGGUUAUAUAUGACAUUAUGUACAGUUGUCAGAAAUUAGAAAGGAUUAUUGAGGCCUCAUUAUUUUUUCAUUACAGUUUCUGUUGAACUCUUACAAGUUUUUCUUCUUUUCUUCUUGAGAGGAUCUCAAAGACUUCUUAGGCUAUUUAUUAUGUUGGGAUUGUUUCGAUAAAGAUUAUUUGUAAUUUUUAAGUUUUGCUCAUUGGGGAAACUUCUAAGAGUUUUUCACAUUA